CGCGCUGUUACUUUUACAUGGGGAGUAAUAGCGGUCUUCAAUUUAAGUAGCUCCGCUCCAGUCAUUGAGCAACCUAAUUGAUUCUCAGCCAUUUGUCUGCUGCUCAUCGGGCUUGUCAUGGCAUUCACCCGGGCGAAAGUAAUAGCGGCUGAGCGAUCGACACCCGACUGGUCACUACGAGAGGGGGAGUGAAGGGGCAGGAGGGGACAGGAAUGACAGUAAGAUGUCAAGAUCGUUCACCUUCGAGGGACAGGAGGGCCAGGAGGGAACAGGAAUAUGUCAAGACCGUCCACCUUCGAGGCAUACGGCCCACACGUUCAAAAUUCUGGUCGACGGUGGCUUCGCCGACGACGUGUCCUCCUUCUACAGGGAGCUUUUGAAGGAUCCGAGGCGCUAGUUCAACGACCGGGAGCUCCACACGACUGUGCAGCGGCAUCCGAAGGUGCAUCGGCUUUUGGCAGCUGGAGGCAAGGCUCGGACCACUAUAUACAAUCCGAGUUGCAGGGGCAGGGUGGCGUAGCGAAGUGUUCGUGGGACCCAGACUGGGUGCUCACGGUCAAGCGCGGCGACGCGAUCAUCAAGGUCGGGGAGGUGGUGGACACGGGAGUCAUCCAGUGUGAUGCGGAGGGAUGUUUGCAGGAGUUUGCCGACACGGUUUCGGCGAUCCAAAAUGCUUUCGCUGGCUUUCGCCAGUGAGGGAGCACGGGGACCACGAUCAACAUCGACUGUUUCCCCAUAGCAAGCUGAAUAUUUGCAGAAAGGGGAGCUCUUUUGUUGCGAAAGUCGUCGGGGAAAUGCGCUCACAAGCUAGGGAUUUGUUUGGCGCUUCCUCAGGACAUCCGAGCAUGGGGUCUAGAAAUGGGUACGUGUAUCACCAGCACGUCACACUGAGUAGAGAAGGGUGGGGCUGUGGCUUCCUACUUCUUAGAUGUUCGAUGCCCGCUAUCCGUCGUGUUGUCCAUCGCAGUUACAAGUCUUGUUGUGUUGUUGGGAGCGUUAUCUUACUUACCGCUCACAUUCUGUUCUGGAGUCGCAGGGGAAUGCGUCUUACUCAACGCCAAGGCGCACACACCGAUAUUGGCAAGUAUGAUCGCUGCUUGGUUCGAGG